CAUUGUCUUUGCUCUUGAUGAUGCUCUUUGUGCUGUGCUGUUUGUUUCUUCUAAAUGUGCCUUAUUGUUGUGUCUCAGCCUCAGUUCAUGCUGAUGCUAUGAAAAGAGAUAUUGUAUUCCUGCUGGAUGGUUCUGAUGGCACAAGGAGUGGAUUCCCAGCAUUGCGAGACUUUGUUCAAAGUGUAGUGGAUAAACUCUCUGUAGAGGAAAACAGAGAAAGAAUUUCUCUGGUUCAGUACUCUGAUAAACCAGAGGCCCAUUUCUAUCUGAACUCGCACAAAACAAAGGAUGCCGUUAUUCACGCCAUAAGUAAUAUGAGGCACAAGGGUGGAAGGAGCCUAAACACUGGGGCAGCUCUCCAGUUUGUGAGACAUAACAUCUUUACUGCCUCCUCUGGCAGUAGACGACUGGAAGGUGUACCCCAGGUCCUGAUCCUUUUGACUAGCAAGAAAUCCAGAGAUGAUGUUAUGGGCCCUGCUGUAGCUCUUAAAGAUCUGGAAAUUGUGUCAAUAGGGGUCGGAGUUGGGGACGCCAAUUUCCGUGAGUUGGAAAUAAUUUCCUUCCAACCUGGUUUCACAUUCCAGGUCUCUGAGUUGUCUGAGUUGCCCUCAAUGCAUCCACAGUUUGUUGCUCUUCUUAAAAGACUGUCAAAAGACACAGAAGAAGCUGUGGCUCCUGGAAUUCCUGAUUUAGUAGGUAAGAACUCCAACUUGGAUAUGAGUAUGCUAAAUACAAGAAACAUACCGUAUUCUUUUUCUUUGGAACAAUGCUGAAAUUGAAGCAUGAUAAAUACAUGGAUGCCUAAGACUUUGGUCAACAUAGUCUCAGUCUGGUAUUUCCUACAAUGUCGAUACAUUGUGCAUUUUGAUAGAAAGGUCCUAGUAUUUAGUUGCAUGGUUGAGAAAACCUUUGAUUCAGAGCAUUUAUUGGCUUUUUAUUCUCUUAAAACAAAAUAAUUUCCCCCUAUCUCACUCUAUUAACUCUAUUCCUUUCUUACCUCAACCAUGUUUGGAUAAACAAUGCCAAACUUCACAUAUUUUUGUUGAAAAGAUGGUUCCAUGUUGUUCUGCUUGUGAUGAUACUAUCUCAGAACGGCACUCCAAAAACCUGCCUACAGUGUUCCAGCUUCU